AUGACUGAGCAGGUGAAGAUUAGCAAGUCAGGGAAAGCUGCAGGUCCAGUCAGUCUCAUCCUAGCAGUCGAGCACAGCAAGAGUCUCCAGCUCUUGCUGAGGCUGUCAGCUGCUGCUGUGGUCACCCCUCAUGGCACUGUACAUGCCAGCACUCUUCUCCCACCAACUGCAGCAACAGGCGAAGCCACUGGUCCUGCUGUCGCCGCUGACAGCCCCCAGGAAUGCGUGGCGCGCAACCAAUGCGGAUACCUGGGGACUCGAGGCUCCACCCCCUGAGAAAGGCUGAGGGCACUCAGGCUUGGGGUGACAGGACCCACUGGCGAUCAGGGGAUGGACGCGGUGCGGAGAAGCACGCGGGGUCGCGCGGAGAGCCCACCCGACAGGAAGGUCUAUAUGGACUACAAUGCCACCACACCUCUGGAGCCGGCAGUCAUCCAGGCUGUGACAGAGGCCAUGCAGGAAGCCUGGGGCAACCCCAGCAGCUCCUAUGUGGCAGGUAAGAAGGCCAAGGACAUUAUAAAUGCAGCUCGGGCAAGCCUGGCCAAGAUGAUAGGCGGGAAGCCUCAGGACAUCAUCUUCACUUCUGGGGGCACCGAGUCAAAUAAUUUAGUAAUCCACUCGAUGGUGAAGUAUUUCCAUGAACAGCAGACCCUGAAGGGGCACAUGAUUGACCAGUACAGCCCUGAGGAGGGCGCCAGGCCCCAUUUUAUUACAUGCACGGUGGAACAUGACUCAAUCCGACUAGUCCUGGAGCAUCUCAUAGAAGAACACACAGCAGAGGUCACUUUUGUCCCAGUGUCGAAGGUGACCGGGCAGGUAGAGGUUGAGGAGGUCCUGGCGGCUGUCCGGCCCACCACAUGCCUUGUGACCAUUAUGCUGGCCAAUAACGAGACUGGAGUCAUCAUGCCUGUCCCCGAGAUCAGUCGACGAAUUAAGGCCUUGAACCAGAGCCGGGCUGCCUCGGGCCUACCUCAAAUCCUCGUGCACACGGAUGCGGCUCAGGCGCUGGGAAAGAGGCGAGUGGAUGUAGAGGACCUGGGUGUGGACUUCCUGACCAUCGUGGGGCACAAGUUCUACGGUCCCAGGAUUGGUGCUCUGUAUGUACGAGGGGUCGGUAAACUUACCCCCCUGUACCCCAUGCUGUUUGGAGGUGGACAAGAGCGGAAUUUCAGGCCAGGGACCGAGAACACGCCCAUGAUUGCUGGCCUUGGGAAGGCUGCUGAGCUGGUGAGUGACAACUGUGAGGCAUAUGAGACCCACAUGAGGGACGUCCGAGACUACUUGGAGGAGAGACUGGAGGCUGAAUUUGGUAAGAGAAUACACCUGAACAGCCGGUUUCCAGGGGUGGAGAGACUUCCCAACACCUGCAACUUUUCCAUCCAGGGGUCCAAGCUUCAAGGGUGUGUGGUGCUUGCACAGUGCCAGACACUGCUGGCCAGCGUGGGUGCUUCCUGCCACUCAGAUCAUGAAGACCGGCCAUCCCCAGUGCUGCUAAGCUGUGGUAUCCCCGUGGACGUGGCCCGGAAUGCACUCCGGCUCAGUGUUGGCCGCAGUACCACCAGGACUGAAGUGGACCUCAUUGUGCAGGACCUGAAACAGGCCGUGGCCAAGCUGGAGGGCUAGGGCUAGGGCCAGCAGCCACUCUUCCCUCGGCGGCCAGCUGCACUUUGGCCACUCCAGCCAUAGGAAACCCCCUGUGAAAGCUCCCGGCCCCUAAGCUGUCCCCUCUCGCGCGUGGCACCGAGAUGACUGCUCUUACUCUGGGUACAGAGUGACGAGAGCUGCCUGUCACACAGAAUCCCACUCCAGUCCCCAUCCCAUCCUCACAGGCUCAGGGUACCAGCGCUACAUAGGACUCCCCUGUCACCUUCUGCCAAAGGCUAUGUGGGAAUGGGCAUGUCCCACGUAUGGGGCAGCCUGUCAGGGGCACAUGGCCCCAGGAGUCACUUUGGCCAGAAGAUAAAGCCCACUGUCACUUAGCUGCUCCUGUGAAAAUAGGAAACUUGGUUCUGUCUUCCGUCGUGGCCUCCCACGUGCUCCUACAGAGCCUCCCUCCCCUGGCCCCAGUGUGCCACCGCCCUGGCUCCCUGGCCUGAUGUGCCCAGAUGCGGCCUCAUGCCUGGCCGGCCCUUCUCGUCCCUGGAGGUCACAGUUCACCCUGCCCCUUGUCUUCUCCCUCCCUUCUACUCAGGGACUCAACUGGAGUGCGGCUGGCGGGAGGCUGGUGUGUUCUUGUCUUUGCCAAAGUGGGAAAUCUGAUCAUUUCUCACUCCGCUUUAAUUGCAAUCUUUGCGGAGGUUUCUGUCAUCUUGAGGGUGUGUGGCACACAUUGUACCAAUAUUUAUAUGGGCGUGUCUUCUGGGAGAAUGUUUUAGCAUGUGGGCCUCUGGUCCAAAGGGCGACACAACAUGUGAAAACAAUUGUCAGAGACUAAAUGAACCAAUAAAAGAUGUCUGCACUUGC